CUUGGAGCUUUUAUUAUGCAUAUUGAAUGAUAUAGACUUUAUCUUUACGUGCUAUCCUUGCAAGUACGAUCGUAGACGAACUUUACAUCACUUUCUUUAUAAUAGUCCAAAUCACUGUUUCUGAACCAUAUUCCUUCUGAAAACAUAAUUUUACUUAUAGCAGCUUACGUCGGGAAAGCCAUCUGAAUACGAUAGCAUCUGUAGCGAGAUUCUGUUUGAGAAUGGGGAAGCAGUGAAAGAAAGCAUCACUACGUGUCGCAUUCUCGAGUUUGCAGCCAGUCGGAGUGGAGCGAGUUCAAAGCUCAGACUGAAAGCUAGUCUCACUGAUGUGCGCUUGCUCACGGCGGCGCGCGCUGGAGGGCUGUAAGAGCGGGAGGCAGAGUCUUUCCUCUCGGUCUUCACGACUAAGCCCUACGGAAGUGGAUGGCGGGAGAAGGUCAUGAAGGUAAUCGCUACCUUUAAGCUGGAUUUGGGCGGCUGUUACCGCAGAAGGAGCGCGCCCUGCCCAUCAAUUAUUCAUCCGUUGAGGAAGCGGUGGCAAACGGCGGCACGGCACGUGGCUCCGCACAUCCUCCGUUCUGCAAGCAGCCAUAGGCAAGUCAUGUCCCAUUGUGAGGGCACUUCAAGAAGAGCUGGAGAAGAGGACCAAGGAGGAUGAAGGAGGGAGACGGGCCGGACGAGUCAGAGGAGGAUUAUAAUGAAGUUGAGUGGCAAAGGAGCGUGCGCCGUCGUCUCCAGCAGCCUGCUAUUCGCGUGCGCCGUGAGCGCAGCAGUGGUGGGGUUCGAGUGUCUCUCUCUGGGAGCCAAAGUGAAAGCGCACUUCCAACUGAGCGCGGCUGCUGGUGCGUUUUACUCGGGAAUCCUGCUCGGACUUGGACAGUCACUGCUGGCCAUUGCGUUGCUCUGCUGCAGGGGCAAAGCUGCGUGUCGCAAUUUUUUCCUCUUUGGGCUUCUUGUGUUCCUGCUCGGCGUGCUCACUGCGUUCUCGGGCGCGGUGGUAGACGGCGACGCCGUGUCACUCGUGGAGCGGAAGUACUCGCGCUACUGCCUGGACACAUUGGAUGUACCUGCGGCGUGCGGGCGCCUCAAGGAUUACCAGCGUGGCCUGGUGGCGUCCACCGUACUUAACGCGCUCGAGUGCCUCAUUGGGCUUGUAAACCUGGUGGUCAUCAAGCGGUACCAGGCGGCUCAGGUUUACCGGAGGCGCAGAGCGCACAGGCGCAGCGCGCGCGAGGUCUUGCUUGUCGAGGAGCGCGAGCUCACAGUGGCCGCCAACUUUCGGUCGGUCUCCUAUAUCAGCUUAGCGGCGUGCGGCUCCCAGGCGCGUGAGGACGGUGCAGAGGCGCGGAAAAGCGGUCAUCCGUCUAUCGAACUACCGGGCUACGUGCCUUCCCAAAACGUGCUCCACCACGUGUACGGUUUCUCUUAUCCGCCAGCUAACGACUCACCGCCGGCCUACGAGGACAUAUUCCCCGGGGAAAGGAGGAACAAAGCGUUUGAGUGUUAAAACAGAGAGAAAGUUGCAAAACCACAUCUCUAAUCUGCAGUGACAAUCACUGGCCCCGGACAUCAGACGCACACGCGUCCCUUUCUCGGCUAAAUAAUAAGCAGAAUGUAUUAACGCAUUGCUCCCUUUGUCAUAGGAAGUGGGCAAGUAAGUACAUGCUACACUCAGUGAACUGCCUGUAGGAAAACUGAACUAAAAUGGUAAGAUAUAUAUUCAGAUUAUAAAUAUAAAGGCCUGGUGACUUUUUAACACAGCACUUGUUUAGAAUCUCUGAUUGUACACAACAUCUUAUGCCCAUGUACGUUGGUUGAUGUCACUCCGUUGGUUUAUUGUCAUAUUACCUCCGUUUGGCUCAUGAAUAAAAAAAAGAAUAUUCACCUUU